AUGAGACGAGUCGACAAGAUAUCACCCCGCACCGAGUUGAUAAUGAACCGUCCACCAAGGUCCAAACAGAAACUAAAGGAUAGCUGCAACAACUGCGCUUUUGCAAAAGUGAAGUGCAACAGAGCCAAACCAGUCUGCUCCCGCUGCGAGGACCGAGAUCUGGUUUGCUUCUAUGGGCCAUCCCAUCGAUUUGGGAGACGGCCUGCAGCCAGCAGGAUCGCUGAGAAGCGUGAAUCCAAUAAGAAUGCGCUGGAAAAAGUCGUCCCAUUGGCUCCCGCGCCGUCGCUGCCACCGCCGCCGCCGUACAGUCUCGAAAUCCCACCUCCACUCACAGCGCCCGCUGGAACUCCGUCGAUAUAUGAAUCCACCCUCAUCACAGAUCUCUCCAUGGUAGAAUCCUCUCUACCGUUUGGAUCGCACAACGAGACCUUUCCCUUGGCCUGGGAUGAGCCGCUUUUGACGGCAGCGACGUGUCAAUUCUCUGGCAUAAAUGAGUUCAACGAUCCCAAUGGAUUCUGGAACGCGAUGGAUUCUUCGUACUAUUCUCUCAUGGACACUCCUUUGAACGCCCUGCAGACUCCGCCAGAGGAUGAACCGGCAAAAUCGCUUUUUCCCAGUGAGCCAGCAAUUUCAAUGCCCCCAGUGUUGAAUCGCGCAGCGACAGGAGACAUCCAGCAUCCGUGGAUGGGGAUCAGAACCGCUCCAGACUCGCCCUCAGUGUUGCAAUCGACCACAAAUCCGGGACACGAUCCUCAUAAGUGUCCUGGAGCGGGAAGCCAUAGCUCUCAAUGCAUGCCCGCUAUCCAGUCCUGUCUUGCCAAUCUUGACAAAGCCGCCUCCGAUCUCGACAUAGAAACAAUUAUCCGCACCAACAGAGAGGUCUUAGAGCAAAUCAUGGAAGUUCUGGACUGCUCGUGUUUCGCCAGCAAUGAACAGCUCCAACUAUUAGCUGUUGUCCUGGCGUUUAAAGUCAUGUCUCGAUACGCGGUGGCUGCGCUGGACGGACAGCCUUCUGCGUCAGCGUCUACGGGCACUGGGCUCUCUUCGCCAGUGAAUCGUGGAAUACAUGAGCGUGCCCGCCUGGUGCUGGGUGAGCUGUACCGGGUUGUGCGGCUCGUUAACCGCCUGUCCGGAUGCUUCAAAAAGGAAAAAAUUGCCGAAACAAGUCCUUCACCCAAGCUAGCUGGGUCUGAGGCGUCGUCUACCGAAUUCUCAGGGAUGGGUGGGCAUCAUGUCUCCGCAUCCGUUUUUGUCCAGCUGGAGGAAGACCUCCACCGUCGCUUCCGAGUUCUAAGGGAUGAUAUCAUUGCUGUGUUACGAUCUCUAUGA